UUCUCUUACCGAGCUCUCACUCUCUCUCUCCCUCUCUCGCUUGCCAAUCUCGUCGUCACAUUUCUGUGGUUCUGCGUCUCUAAGAUAAAUGGUUAUGCAGGCUGAAUUUCAAUACUGAAAAAUGAAGAAAAUGGCAAAGAAGAAGAGCCCUUUGGUUUUUAUGGAUGUGUCUGUUGAUGGAGAUCCGGCUGAAAGGAUGGUUUUUGAGCUUUUCCCUGAUGUUGCUCCUAAGACUGCAGAAAAUUUUCGAGCACUUUGUACAGGAGAAAAGGGGAUUGGUCCUAAAACAGGAAGACCACUGCACUACAAGGGAUCUUUUUUCCACCGCAUCAUCAAAGGUUUCUUUGCGCAGGGUGGCGAUUUUGUUAGACGAGAUGGUACCAGUGGGGAAAGCAUAUAUGGGGAAGAGUUUCCAGAUGAGUCACCCAGCCUAAAGCAUGAUGGACCCGGUCUUUUAUCAAUGGCAAUUUCUGAUCGAGAUGCUCUAGGUUCUCAUUUCCUUAUCACCUUUCAGGCAGAUCAUCAUCUUGACAGGAAGCAUGUUGUCUUUGGGAAGCUUGUUCAUGGACAUGAAGUACUGAGGAAAAUUGAAGACGCAGGUGAUGAAGAUGGGAGUCCAACUGUGACAGUUAAAAUUAUCAAUUGUGGUGAAUUUAAUGAGAGCAAGAAAAAAGCAAAUAAAUUGAAAAUAGGAAAAGAUGCAUCUUCUGAUGCAAAUAAUCAUGAAGCACGACGGAAGGGAAAGCAAAAGAAAUCAUCUCGAGAUAAAAGAAAAAGGAGAAGAAGAUACUAUUCAUCUGAGUCAGAUAGUUCCUCAGAUUCUGAGUUGGAAUCGUCUGAAUCUGAUAGUGAUUCUGACACGUAUUUGUCAUCGUCAUCUUACACUAGUUCUUCAAGUGAUGACAGGCGUAAGAAGAGAAAGAGAUCUAAAAGAGACAAAUAUAGACGGGGAAAAAGAAGUGAUAAGCGCCGUGAGAGAAGGCGAAAGAAGCGUGAUAAAAGAUCCAAGCGCAAAGCUAAAAGAGCGUCAGAUGAUACUACGGAUACCAAGAGUGGGAAUGAAAGUGAAAGCAGCUCUGACAGUGAUGGCCUUGAUGAUCUUGAAAAAGAUCAGAAGCGAAAAGAUCGUUCUCAGAAGACUGCUGUGGAACAGCCUCCCUUGGUUGUCACGAAAGAACUUCCUUCCACCCGUCGUAAAAAACGGGAGGAAGAGUCCCCGAAGGAGAAUGGAGAGCAGAGAAGCAAUGGAGUUGAAGCAGAUGCUAAUUCUGACAGAAGCGGCGAUAGACAACCUGACAUAGUAGAUGAUCACCCAGGCAAAUCUAGGAGCAGAAGCAUAAGUCCUAAGAGGACCAUGAGUAAGAGUAUGACUAUUAGUCCCAGGAGUCUGAGCAAGAGCCCAAGUGUUAGUCCAAAACGGAGAUUGAGCAGAAGUCCAAAUCGUAGUAGAAGCCCCUCUCCUGCCCCACAGAGGAGUAUCAGCAGAAGUCCUGCUAGAAGUCCUCUUAGAAGUGAUAGCAGUAAGAGCCCAGUUAGAAGUGUCAGCCGAAGUCCAGCAAGGGGCAGGAAAGGAAGAAGUAUCAGUGCGAGCCCAGUGGGUGCUCGGUCUCGAAGAAGUGUUAGUGAGAGCCCAAUAAGGUCCCCAUUGCGAAGAACCCGGAGCAGGAGUCCACCAAGAACCUUAUCAAGAAAAUCAAUUAGCCGAAGCCCUAUUAGAGUUUCUAGAAGAAGCAUAAGUGGAAGCCCUGUCAGAUCUCCAAGAAGCGCCAGCAGAAGCUCAGGUAGGGCCCCUUCAAGGAGGAUUAGCCGAAGUCCUAUUCGGGCACCAAUUCGGAAUAAUCGUCGUAGUUAUUCAAGGAGCCCUAGCCCUGCACGAAGAGCUAGGUCACCUCCUGACCGAGCGAGGAGUUUGUCAAGAAGUGUUUCUCCAGAUGGGUCUCCCAAGCGAAUCAGAAGGGGGCGUGGUUUUAGUCAGCGGUACUCUUAUGCACGGCGAUACAGAACCCCAUCUGCAUCUCCUGUGAGGUCUUAUCGAUAUGGUGGUAGAAAUGACCGUGACAGGUAUUCAAGUUACAGAAGGUAUUCCCCUAGGCGUUACCGAAGCCCACCAAGAGUAAGAAGUCCUCCAAGAUAUAGAAGCAGAAGAAGUAGGACACGAUCUGUAUCACGGAGCCCACCCUACCGUGGUCGGCGUUACAGCCGUUCACCAGUUGAGGCAUAUAGAUCUCGUGUUUCUCCACGGGCUGAGCGAAGAUCACUUUCUAGGAGCAGGAGCCCAUCAGAAUCUAGGUCCUCCUUGGACUCUCAAUCUCCUAAGCGGGUAAGCAAAGACAAGUCAAGGUCACCAUCCGGAAGCUCAGAUGGGAAGAAGGGCCUGGUUUCUUAUGGAGAUGGAUCUCCUGACUCGGGCCAAAGGUGAAAAUCAUAGCAGUGAUGGUGUUCUCAAGUAGCUCGUGAGGUGGUGGUAUCAAUAGAAGUAGUGAUGGUGUUGUCUUUAAUGUGGACUGGAGAGGCUUGCGCAUUUUAGGACCUGGAACUUGUUUAACAUAUUGCUAGAGAUUGUAGUUGCUGGUUAAAUGCUUAUUAUAGCUUUGAUGCUUUCAUUUAGAAUUGUCAUUGCUGGGAUAUUUUUGACGAUGUUUGUCAACUUGAGAAUGAUAUAUAGAACUCUUCAUCAUUCAGGUAA